GUCAACUCAUCCCUAAGAUGUACGAGUCGUACGUCUCUGUCAAUUUUGCUUUCAAUCAGUCGACAGCUCACACUCGCUAUUUACGCAGUGCACACCAAGUAAACAAAGACAAUGGCCAUAGGGCAAUUAAUCGCUGGCCUCUUCUUGGGGAAGGCCAUCUACUACAUCCUCUACAGAGGCUUCGUUGUCGACCCCACCGAACUUAAUGCUACCUCCCUCGUCCAGUACAGCUAUCCGAACCGGAACCUGAUAUUCGACCGAUACUCCUACCAGAACGACAGUCGGGUGUUCGUCGUCUGCGACGAGGAGCCGAUGAUCCAGCCAAAGGGCAAUGGAUCACAGAAAUUCAUCAAGUGCGAGGUAUACCACGACGAUCCCGGGGGCCGAAGACACGAGUGUCCCAUCGCACUGAAAAUGAGUCGUCGAGGCGCCGGUAUAAUCAGACCCGGUUCGAUGCAGGUAAGGCCCUUUGGUGAAGACAAGGCCAUCCUCAGCUGGGUAGAUCCGACCGUGUCGGUGACGUCGCCGAACAAGUGGCGACUUUUCGUCGUGCACUUGAGCGACUGUUCGCUGUACGAAGCUCCAGCCAAACAGCUGAGGCACCUCCGGCCGGUGAAUUUCGUCGUCUACGAGAAUUGGUUCGUCGCCAUAGUCAGCAGCGAGAAGCGUGGCACAAAGUGCUACCACGAGCCUUUGCAGAUCUUCGACGUGCCCAGGUGCUGGGUCGGCUUCAACGAUCGCCUCAACAUCAGCGCCGGGCCCUUCUUCUGGUUGAGGCAGAACCUCAGAGACGACGGGAUGAUCGUGGCGCCGCUCCAGGACAACGAUCCCGCGAGCCGCCAACUGCUCAUCGAAAUCUUCUCCUGGAACGGUAAUCUGCACGCCGGGGCCUCGAUAGUCCAGCACAACGGAACGAGGCUCGAGCUGGGCGAAUUCGUGCUGAUGGACUCGCGCCAGGGUCAGGCCUUCGAUCCGUACGAACGGAUCGCCUACUCGACGAGCCAGGGUCGCAUCGGCAUCUGCGCCAAGAUCUGGACCGAGCCGGGCCGGCACGAGUUGAAUUGCGCCCAGUGGGAUCGGCGCGGCCGGCAGUGGAUGAACAACGUCACCGCGGCGCCGUUCCAGCACGCGAACGAGAUGGCCGUGACGAAUCUGCCCGACGACGGGGGUAUGCUCGUGGUGGUGGCCGAGUGCGAGGACACCACGUGCGUGGGGAAAAAUCGGCGCCACCACGUGGUGAGGAUCGAUCGUUACCGCAACGACGACGUCGACGUCUUUGCCCACAGGUUCGACAAGUACGAGUGCGACGGGAGGAUCAACAGGGCCGACUCGCGACUCUUCCUGAAUGGCCCCGAGGGAGAUUACUGCAUCAGUCAGGCCUGCUACGAGGACUUCUUCGUGCUUAAAAAUCCGUUUCAGAACAGGACGAGGGAGUUCAAGUUCCACACGAGGUGUUUUCAUCUGCGCCGCGGCUACUUCGGGGGCCGUAGAUAGAGCAGCGCGGCAGGAGCGAAAUUUCAGGAAAUUGAUCCUGGUAGAAAAGCUACAUUUUCCGCCAUAUUUUACUAUUUAAUGACCAUUAUUAUUAUUAAAAAAAGCUCUACAAAAAUGGCGGUAAAAUAUAGCGUUUUCUACUAGGAGAAAUUUUCGCUAUAAUACAUGUAACACGGACACUGUGUUUGAUUGAAAUAUUGUUUAUUUUCCGUUUGAUAUAUAAUUUUAUAUACACUAACGACGAGUUUUAAAUUAAUUGUAUGUACAAGGUGUACG